GAAAACAGGUUUUUAGACAUUUUUGUUAAUUUAUAAAAACAUAAAAUAACAGAAAUACCUUAUUUACAUAAGUAUUCAGACCCUUUGCUACUCGAAAUUGAGCUCAGGUGCAUCCUGUUUCCAUUGAUCAUCCUUGAGAUGUUUCUACAAAUUGAUUGGAGUCCACCUGUGGUAAAUUCAAUUGAUUGGACAUGAGUUGGAAAGUCACACACCUGUCUAUAUAAGGUGCUCCAGCUCAUACUCUGUAAAGCUGAAUUCAGGCUGGCUCGCACUGGGUCUUGGGGGCCCGAGGCGUUCCCCUUGGUGGGCAUCUGGUGCUUAUACUUGCACUUGGUUCCAAAUCUGCAGCCGGCAGAUGUCCCGAAAGUGAACGGGGGCCGCCGGUGAUAGUGCAGGAGGUCUGGGUCCAGAGUGAUGGUCCACAUGCUGUUGGCAAUAUGCUCGGUGAAGCGGUUUCCGUAGAUGGAGGUGAGGGCCAGAGACUCCUGCUGAUACCUGCAGAACUUUCCUAUGGUAAACAGUCCUAUGACUGGCUUGGGUGUGGGCCACCGUUUGUCCUCUGAGUCAGGAUCAUAGACAGGGCUCUCCACAGGCUCAUUAGGUUCCAGAACUGCACUUCCUCCUGGUAAUCCAGCUAGUCAUACUCUUCCUCUUCAUUAUACUCCUCUGCUUCAUCACUGAGAAAGAACAGUCCUAGGUCUGCAGCUCUCUCAACAGCUCCUUCACCUGCUCCUGGUUCUUAUUGGUAAUGAAGAUCUUCUGCAUAGGCAGCUUGCCCAUCAUCUCUGCCAAUGCCCCUUCCGACUCUGCUAAUCCGGGCCUGCACCACCGCCACCCCCUCCCAUUCCUCUGCCUGAGGUGGGCCUAUGAGGAAGGGAAUUUGCAAGUAUCCUACAUUUUCCCAAAUGGUGACAGAUAUGGAGAGUGCUGCGGGUCCACAGAGGGAGUCGUGGUGAGGCGUGGUAUGGGCAAACACACCUCAGCCAGUGGUGUCACCUACACUGGAGAGUGGCAUGAUGACAAGAUGAAUGGCAGAGGGACUCUGGAGCAUCCCUCUGGGGCCCUGUAUGAAGGGGACUUCAAAGACAACAUGUAUCAUGGCACAGGGACAUACAGCUUCUCUGACGGGACCAAAUACUGCGGCAGCUUCAGCAAGAACAAGUUGGAGGGUGACGGGGAGUUCAUCGACUCUCAGGGACUUGUUUGGAUUGGAGGCUUCCACAACAAGGCAGCUCCUGGAUUAAAACUUAAACUCAGCAUGUAACCCAUGACAUAAUGUGAGAUAACAUAACUCUAAUUCCUCUUACAUUUAUGAACAUUUAUUGAAUAUAUAUAUAUAUUCAAAAGAACAAAAUUAGACUCCAGUAAGAAAUUUUAAAGGCACCAAAUGAAAUGAAACACACAAUGUCCAUGUUCUUCCCAUAACACUCCUGCAGUGACACCUGGUCUCUUUUACUUGUAGGAAAGACUUUAGUAGUCAGCGUAUGACAGUGUGGUGCACACACCUCAUGCCACCGUGCAAUGAAUGAUUCAUUGCUUUGAGUCACACAGCGAAGAGUCCUCUUUGGAGGUGCUGAAACAACAGUCUGUGUGUGUGUGGCUGUGUAAGCCUCAGUUAACCAACAGUGUUAAGCUAAAACUUUUUCUACUACAGUUUAUUUGGAAUCUUUUAACUCUUCAUAAACAGCGUACAAAUCUAGAUAUCGGUGGAGGAAUCCAUCAAUGUUCUGUUUCUUGAACGCCAACAAGAAUGUCUCUUUACUCCCACUGAUGUCACUAUAAUGUGUGUGUGGUAUAAUUUAGUUCUAUAUAUAGUUCUUUUGCUUAAUGUGUGCAUCUGGUGUUAACUUUGUUCAACAAAUUCAGUUAUAUGAUGAAUUCCUCAAUAAGAUGUGUGGUGGUUAUGUCCAUAAGUGUCUUCAGUAAAUCAUCAAACAUCUGCCGAGAGCAUAGAACUGUGUUUCCUUUUCUUUCGUAGUUGUGUAUUUUGAGUAAUGUCUUUUACAUUUUACUUUUUUUUUUUACCCUCUGACUAAACAAGCAGAGGUCAGAGCAUCGCCUGGCCUUGUCCAUUUGUUGUUCACAGAUGUUGGUCCUUCCCCCUCCAACCCAAAGCUAGCCUGGAGUGCUGGGGGUGGUUUUGUAUGGUUGGAAGUAGCAUGGCGCAUGUACUGCAUCACCCAACCAGCGUAUCAGAUCGGUGGAGAAUAUUCCCAUAUGCUUAUUAGGGUAGUACAGCACUCCACAAACACACAAAGAAUCAGAACAUUGUUCACAGGAAGGCCUUGAUUUGUGGGAAUAGUAUGCUCUUCAUUGAAACACACAUCCUUUUGUUGAGCAUCUGAACUAGCUUUUCAUCCCCAGUGGACCUGUGCUGCAGCCUUCCAAGCACAAGGCCAGAACUUGUGACACUGGUAAUAAGGCUAUGCUACAUAAGGAGAGGCAACACACACAACUUCCUGUUUUCUUGGAAGACCGCAAGCUGUGGAAGAAGUGAUCAGUUCUGAGAUUUGAGAAACUGUGCCCGCUGGCAUCAUAAGGCACGUAGUCCUCUCCUGCAGUCAAUGACCAAAAGUGCCGUUAUUAAUAUUUUUUGUAAUUACAUAAUUAUUAUUAUUUAUUUUUUUACUGACGGAAAUCCUGUGUUUCUAUGUCAAACAGUUGUUAUAUUUCAGUCUUCUCUGAUGUAAAUAAAGUUUUCAUAUUGGGAUGCAAACUCCCAAUUGAAUGCAUUUCAACUCUA